CAUACUCGCCAAUCUUUCUUGUCAUAGUAACAAUCAUUCAUCCGCAAUUGCUCUUCUAAAUUCAAUCAAGUGUCUUGCGUCAGUGGUCUUUUGCUGGUGCUCUCUGCGUUUGAACUCCUCUUACCAGCGCACCCAGUGCUGAAAAUCCGCUGAUCCCUGUCCUUGCAAAUUAGCCCAUCUUCACCAUCGGCGUCAACCUUCCAGGGCCUCUACCAAUCAUCUAACUCCUCCUCAGCCGCUUCAGCCUUGGUGGCCGUCUCUUUCUCGGACAUUUCUGCUCUUGUGGUAGGUUGAGGUUUGGAAAAGAAAGGCAGGUUACGCUUGUCACGGGUAGGCGGAGAACUGUAGACUCUUGGGGGUCAAAGUCAUCUGACACACCCCGUUGAUGUUUAUUCCUCUGCCACCAUCUCCCAAGAUUGCAUCGCCACGUUAGUUGCAAUCAUGUCUACAAAGCGCAUGAACAUUCUCGUCUAUUCUGGUGCGCUCACCCAGGAUGAAUGGCGCCGCAAUCAAAAUCUAAUGCUUUCUUCAGGCCUUGGCAGUACCGUCGAAUCCGUUCGUCACUGUCUUUUCACUCUACGGAGGCUCCUGUCACCAAACUAUGCAGUCAUUCCAGUCACGGGAGAUAUGCUCCUUAAGGAGCCGUGGACCGCCAGUUGCGCAGCCCUGGUCUUUCCCGGAGGCGCCGACCAGGGAUAUUGCAGCACACUGAAUGGCGAAGGCAAUCGACGCAUCCGUCAGUAUGUGGCGGGCGGUGGUAGAUACAUCGGCUUUUGUGCAGGUGGCUACUAUGGUAGUGCCAGAUGCGAGUUCGAAGUUGGUAACAAGCUGCUCGAGGUCGUUGGCGACCGGGAGCUCGCCUUCUUCCCUGGCAUCGAUCGAGGCUGCGCUUUUCCGGGCUUCGUGUACCACAGCGAAAAAGGGGCUCGUGCCGUCGACCUCCAAGUCAAUAAGAGUGCCCUAUCUGCUGGGACGGUGCCCAAUGUUUUCAAGUCGUACUACAAUGGUGGCGGCGUUUUUGUCGAUGCUUUCAAGUACAAGGACAAGGGCGUCGAGGUGCUUGCGAGCUACUCUGAUCCUUUGGCUGUCGACUCAGGUGAAGGCUCCGCCGCUGUUGUUUAUUGCAAAGUUGGAGAGGGUGCCGCUUUGUUGACAGGACCACAUCCUGAGUUCGUGUUCCUCGGAAAGCCGGCGGAUGACUGGUCACUGACGAAGUCCAGGUUUGCAGCUGCCAACUUAGAACCAAAGCCGAGUGUACCAGGCUUCUCAGAGGUCAUUGCUGCUCUGGCCAACGACGAGAAACAUCGCAUGGAUUUUAUCAAGGCAUGUCUCAACAAGCUUGGCUUGGUCGUGAGCGACGAGCAAAAUGUACCUUCUCUCUCCCGCUUGCACCUAUCAUCGCUCCAACCCCAACACACUGCAGCACUUGUCUCGAGCCUCGCCGACGUCACCCGCAAGGAUGAGAACGGCGAGGAGCUCAUCAAAGAUGACAACGACACCUUCCAUAUCGUGAAACCUGCGACGUGGAAGAUGGUCGAUUUGGCAAAAGCACUACCUACCGAAAAUGACGAAAAAGAUGAUACUGACCAGCUCGAUGGCAGCGUCGAUCGAAUCAUCGACUAUAACACCGUGGUGAAACAAGUCCUCGUACACGAGGAUGAAUACCCCCUGCCAAAAGAGACUCCGUAUUUCAAUCAUCACGCGUACUACGCCAAUCUACACGAGUACCAAGGCAAGUCUCGCUUCACUCCGACUUUUGGAAACCAUCUCCUCUAUGGCGAGGUGGUAACAUCGACCAACACGAUGCUGGAAAAGAACACUCGUCUUCUUCGUAAUCUCCCACAGGGUUUCACAGCAACAGCAACUGUCCAGGUGGCGGGCCGAGGCAGGGGUUCAAAUGUUUGGGUGUCGCCAGCUGGUAGUCUGAUGUUCAGCACAGUCAUUCGCCAUCCAAUGGCUCGGAUGCAGGCGGCACCGGUUGUCUUCGUCCAGUACCUGGCCGCCAUUGCAAUUGUCAAUGGUAUUAAAUCCUACGAGGGCAACCUUUACAAGGAUAUGCCCGUCAAACUCAAGUGGCCCAACGAUAUUUAUGCCCUAGACCCCGUGAAAGCUCGCGACAAUGGUGGGGACCGCCAUGAGAAUUACACCAAGAUUGGCGGAAUUCUAGUCAAUAGCCACUACAACACCAAGGAAUACAUUGCAGUGUGUGGGAUAGGCAUCAAUACCUCUAAUGCUGCCCCCACCACAUCGCUGAAUCAGCUCAUUCAGUCCUUGCCUCGAGAGGUGGCCCCAUUGACUUUGGAAAAAUUAUUGGCUAGGAUUCUCACAACAUUCGACUCGCUGUACAGCCGCUUCCUCGAGACCGGAUUCGACGCAGAACUAGAGAGAAUGUACUACGCUCACUGGCUCCAUAUGGAUCAAAUUGUGACUUUGGAGGCUGAAGGUGGGCAACGAGCACGCAUCAAGGGCAUCACGCGAGACUAUGGGCUCUUGAUCGCCGAUGAAUUGGGUUGGGAGGAUCGAGAGACGGGUAAACGAUGGACGCUCCAGAGCGAUGCAAAUAGUUUUGAUUUCUUCAAAGGACUUGUCAAGAGAAAGCUGUGAUUUCUCCUUCAGUGGGAGAAUCUAGUGCGGCUGAAGAAUUCUAAGGGUCCCCUAAGGGAAUAGGAGGACUACGGCAAAGAACGCGCUGUGAGUAUUGGGGCUAGAUGCUGCAUGUGCCAGCUCGUACACUCCACCACUGCUCGAAUUGUUGUGGAAGCGAUGUCGUAGCGAGGUGGUUUCAUGCCUGCAAUGCAGCCUCGGCCCCGACCUACUUUCAAAAAAGUUCAAGCACUCUGUCAAUUUGCCCAAUCUUUGAUCAAUUUCGCGCUGGCGAAAUGGACACAACGUGGCCAGCGUGAUGACUGGUGCCAUAAGUGAUGGACCGGUCCUCGAACCGCCGGGAACCAGGCGCAAAUUUAUCGGUCACACAGCAUGAGCUCUAAUCUCGGAUUUGGCAACGUCACCAAACGUUAGUGCUUCCGGCAUCAAGGGCUGACAUGCAACGGGCAUAUUCCUCUGCUGUUGCACUGCUGUGUGAAUUGUUUGUCGACUAUGUCGAAUGUCCCAUCUAGGAAGAAAUGUUUCGUUCGGCGACUACAAGACGCGAGACAGCCAAACAGGCCAUGUGACUUGAAAGUACACAGAAGAGCAAGCAACGGUUGAAAGAUGCAAAUGCACCAAGAGCACUUUCACUCAUGUGGGAGUAUUACAGGAUAGACAGCAUCCUUGAACUUGGAAUGCUAUUUGCCCGAGGCGCUUGCAUGAGGCCCCAGCCAAAUACGAAAGCCAUGCUGCAGCAAUCUAUAAAGGUAUCAGGCUUUGCUGUACCAUUAGAGCGUCCCUGGACAUCACAGUAUUUGGAAGGGUACAAACUCUAUCAGCCACAGUACGUUGCUCUCGGACUUGGACAAGAUAGGUUCCAGGCUAUCUCCGGUUGAGAACAAGGAUGGCGAGUCUGGGCAAUCAAUCUGCGCAGGAUUUUCGGCGGCUCGGCAACUAAUGCAGGUCAUCGACGAUCAAAAUGAAAGUGCGGGACUAAGAAGUACUCCCAGACACUAAAAAACGCCAUCGUUCGGGGAUGCCUGGGAGUGACGACGGCCAUCCUUGAAUUUGGUUGAAGUUCGGAUAUUGCGCCAGGACACCGCUGUUGGAAGCAUUCCCUGCCCUUUGAACAGUGCAUGGGAAAGAUUGCCCCGUUGGGCUUUUAACGAAGGCACGAGAUCAGGGCAGAGUCGGAGAGUAUGGACCAGCAUUGAGAGGGUCCUUGCGCCAAUGGAAGCACGAGAUCAUCACCGCUCUUUGGCCGCAUGUGUAGGGCACUGGAGACAACUCAGGCUCGGCAUCUAUUGCACGUUGGCUUCAUGCCGUGUAGCUUGAAUGGAAAGGAUGGCCAGGCCAUGCAGAGGCCGACGCACUGUGCCACGAGAACUCGACAGGCAGGCUUGGGAAGCAGAUGCCAGGCACGGUGGCUAGACGCAUGAGACUGAGGUUGAGCGGUGGUGAAUGAGACUGGAAAUCUGAUGAUGAACGUGCACGAACAGACCCUAAGAAUGCAUGAAAUGGUGAUGGGCUAAAGAGGACGUGGGCUAGCAACGACAAAGCAUUUGGCAGGUGGAAUGAUCCGAACAUUGACAGCUGCCACAACGGACAGGUCGUUGCUCAAGACAACUUUGGAACAUGCACAGGCUGACUCUGGUCGUUCUGUUACCACGUGUUUGGAGGUGACAUUUGUUGUCCCUUGAAUCGACGACGUUGGUGAUCAAGGGCUGGCAGCAACCCGCACACCGACGAUUGACGAGUCAUGUUGCACGCUGGCCGGGAGGGAGACAAAUCCUGUGCGCAAGCAAAAUUGGAACUAUUUUGCGGUUAUUGCGUGUUCUCAGAGUAGGCUGUGAUCUAGAGAAACGUAUGGAAUUGUUGGCGAACAACCAUGAUCAUCCUGCUCCAUCCAGGACCAGAUGGGCGAAGAGUGGGCUCCAGUUAGCAAGCGCCCGCGGCUGAGGGGUUCGGCAAGUCAAUUAGGCGGAAUAGGCAAGGGUUAUAGAGCGAUCGAGAUCUGUAAGG